AUGAAGAUCCUCGAGAAAGAUUUCGCCCUGAAUCAAACUGGAACUGCUAAGCUCAUGGCGGAAGAACCCGACGACGUGUGGGUCCUCUACAACCUCAUCCUCCCCGGCGACGUCGUUUCCGCCGACACCACGCGCAAGGUUUACCUCGAUUCCUCCACCAAGAAAAACAACGCCUCACGUGUCAAGCUCACCCUCCACCUCAAAGUCACCAGCCGCGACUUCCACAAAGACUCCUCCACCCUCCGCCUCCACGGCCGCAACCUCCAACCCAACCAACAUGUCGCAUCCGGCUCCUUCCACACGCUCUCCCUCGAACCCCAGAAAUCCUUCAUCCUCCGCAAAAAUCUCUGGCAGAACGAGGCCCUCCAAACCCUGAAUGACACCACCCAAAAAGAAAAUUCCAAAUCCAAUUCCAGUUCCAUUUCCGACCUCGCCGUCGUUCUCUUCCACCCGCACCACGCCGAGAUCCACGUCGUUAAAGAAGGAGCCUCCACGCGUUGCACCAAGGUCGAAUCCUCUCCCAACUCGAGAAAAAAUGGAAACGUUUCUUCCUCCGUGUUUUUCCGCCGAGUGUUUGCGGCGUUGGUGAAGCACGUGGAUUUCAAGGUUGUGAAGAGCAUGGUGGUGACGAGCGAGGAGUUUCGCAGGUUUGCGGUGUCGGAAGCGAGGAAGUUGAGGAUACGGUGGAUCGAGGAGAACCAGACGCGCAUGGUGGUCGUGGAGGGUGGCGAUAGUUUGGAGAAAGUUUUGGGUGAUCGGGCGGUGACGGAGUUGGUGAAUGACAGCAGGGUCGGGGCGUUCAGGGAUUUGUGGGAGAUGGUGUGCAACGAUUCGGGGCGCGCGUGUUAUGGACCCAAGGAGGUGGAGCGUGCGAUAGAAAUGAGAGCGAUUGAGACACUUUUGAUUACCGAUGAUCUUUACAGGAACGAGGAAGUUGGUACGAGGCAGAGGUACUCGGGUCUGUUGAAAUCGGUGAAAGACGGUGGAGGAAGGGCUUUGGUGUAUUCGCCGAUGCAUGUUUCGGCGCCGCAACUGGAGCAGCUCACCGGCGUUGCCGCUAUUCUCCGGUUUCCCUUGCCUGAUCUUGAACUCCAAGAUGGUAAAUGGUGUUAA